AUGCCAGAGCAAGAGCAACCCCAAAUUAAAGUUCUCACCACACCUGAACUUCUCGAGAUCAUCCUCCUUCACCUAGACACCCGAACACUCCUCGUCUCGGCCCAGCGGGUAUGCCAAACCUGGACAGCCCUAAUCCAGAGCUCGCCCGCAAUUCAACAAGCGCUCUUCUUCCGACCAUUCACUCCAAAACCUAAAAAGGAUAAAUGGCACGCAGAAUCAAUCUGGAAUUAUGUCCUUCCAUCGCCCUUCAAGAAAGACACAAAAUUAGACCAAGGAAGCAUAAAUGAAUGCAAAAUUUCACACACACGCCCCAUAUAUAAUCCUCUCUUAGUACAGGCCUUCCGACCCUUCUUCCCAUCAGUCCAUGAAUACCCCUUCAUCCACGACAACGAAGGAAAGGUAACUGAAACUGAACAUGAAGGGAAGGAGAAAAAGAAGAACACCUUCUCCUUCAAAACCCUCGACAUGCUUUCAUCCCCCCAAAAGAAAUCUGCCUACAUGAGAAAGGAAGCCAGCUGGCGAAAGAUGCUCCUCCGCCAGCCGCCUAAUCCCGACCUCUACUUCGGUCGCUUCGGUCAAACGCGCGUCUACUGGUCUGCAUAUGUCCCUCCCUGCGAGUCUUACCCCGAUGCCCGGGGCGGUCAUUUCUACCCACCGGAAGAUGGGUCGCAUUACCCGAGGGUGAAAAAGGCAUUUGCGAAGGCGAUUGAGAAAUCCGAGGUUGUCGUGUUCUCGAGGGAAGUAAUUCAAUGCUGUGUUGGGGGAGAGCGGGAAUUGACCGAGGAGGAAAACUUGCGAGAGGAGAUUGCUGAGGCUGAAGCUGGAGGGUUUAAAGGGGUAGAGAAGUUAGGUAGAUAG